GACCGCGCUUGACGAGCAGAAAAAUUCUCCUGUAAGAAUGUCCAUGUCUGGAAAUCUGCGCUGUACUGUAGUACCGAAUUGCAAUUGGUGCGGUGGGAAAACCUUGGCGCUUCUCCGGCGCAGUCCAGAAGAAAUACCUUUAAAAUUUGGAAGACAUGACUUUCAUGCCCUCUCUUUGCUCCUCUCUGUUCUACGAUAGUGCUCAGCUCCCUCGAACUCCAGAGGCCGUGCUUGAUUCUAUAAUCCCUGACUGUCCACAGCCCGAACCCUUUCUUCCGUGGCAAAACUCCCACACAACUCUCAGCAUCCAAUCCCGAUGCCGCUCAGCCGCCGAGGGCAUUGCGUCAUUGAUCGCAUCUGGUGUUGGGCUUCAAUCUCAUCGCCAGAAGUCCGCAAACUCCCCCUCCUCUCUUCAUUCAUCCAACUUCCACUCAAGAACUAUCCCUCUUCCUCCCGUCAAAUCCACCAUCUUCAUAGGACACUCUUCGUGAGCCGUCACCGAACACGCGACAACAUCACUGUUUCACCACGUACCCCUCUCCAACCCACCAUCUCGCGCACAAUGUCCGACGACGCCUACAUGAACUUCCUGAACAAAGCCAACGCAGACCUGGACACCGGGCGAGUUCAACAAACACGGGACUCCCCCGUCGUUCGUACCGAAACAGUCGAAACGGGCGUCCGCAUCCCAACACCUCUGACUUCAGUCGACGCCUACUACAUCUCUGAAACCGAUGAACCGUUCGAACCUGUCGCACUGCGAUGGGAGGGCGCAUCUAGAGGAAUUUUCCCUGAUCCUUCGCAUCUAUCCAGUUUGAUCUCGCCGAAUGCGGAUCUCUCAUCAUCGAUUACUACUAUGUCGCCAUCUUCAUUUGAUCCGAAGAAUCAGUACCCGUCUGCGCUGCGCGCGGUUCGCGCCGCCGUGGCGGAGUCGUCAGGGGGAGAUGAAUCGGCGGUGGACGUGAAAGUCUAUCAGGUUGAGGUUGGGUCAUCGCGGAUUGAGUAUUAUAUUCUUGCGGUGGAUGUUGAGAAGUCGUUGAUUGUGGGGCUGAGGACGAAGGCUGUUGAGACUUAGUAGUGCUUUGUGGGUGAGCCAGACUAUCUAAGAGUGGAUCGUGGAAGUGUUCUCUUUCCGCUCUUUUUACUUUAUUUAUCUUCGUGGGUGUAUAUAUGGAAGAGAGAGGAUUAUAAUUGUCCGUGUGAAUGAAGUUGUAUACUUAUACAUUUAAGUUCUUGUCAUCCUGUUUUCUUUUCUUCCUGUGCUUUUUUCCUGGUGGACGGUCUAGGGUAAAUCCCGGCAGAAAGAAAGAAGCAUAUAAAGGUUUCCCAUGAUAAUCCAGAAACAUUGUAUAGAACAACCAGGCUUUAAAAGUAGAUAACUUCUCAAACCAAUUGGCGUUGGUCACAUAGGACUACAUGCAAAUAAACUCAACACAGGUAUAACAACCAAGAUCUGUUGGUUACUACUUGACUAGAACUUAGCAUGGAGAUACGCCGUACUACUUACCAUAAACAGAUACCCAUACAUGCAUUAUCAAUUAAGUCCAAAUCAAAAUCC